GGGGGGAGCGCUCUUGAGGCAGCGCGGCCGCGGCCAUGGCGGCGCUGGUGGGGGGAUCCCGCGCUCUCCGCUGGGCUCUGCGCCGGUCCUGCCCUCAGCGUUGGUACCGCACCGAGCGCGGCGUGUACGGCUACAAACCCGGCAAGGCGGCGGUGCAGCAAAAGCAACAGCAGCAGCCCCGUGGAGCCGGCAGAGCAGUUGACCACGCUCUGGCUCGUUUAAUAACCGCCUAUGCUGAACACGGCCACAAAGCAGCCAAAAUUAACCCCCUGUUUGCUGGCCAGGCUCUUAUGACCAUGGUACCUGAAAUCCAACAGCUGGCUGAAGUUCUUCAAGGGCCUCUCGUUACUACAGGACUUCUAAACAUGGGAAAAGAAGAAUCUUCCCUAGAGGAUGUGUUGGCUUACCUUGACCAUAUAUACUGCGGGCAUAUUUCCAUAGAAACAAGCCAGCUUCCAACCUUGGAGGAGAGGGAAUGGUUUGCUAAAAGGUUUGAGGAGCUAAAGCAAGAAGCAUUUACACCUGAAGAGAAGAAGCACUUGUGCAAACUGAUGCUGGAGUCCCAGGAGUUUGAUCACUUCUUGGCCACCAAGUUUGCCACGGUGAAGCGCUACGGCGGCGAGGGGGCCGAGAGCAUGAUGGGCUUCUUCCACGAGCUGUUCAAGAUGUGUGCCUACAGUGGAGUGACAGACAUUGUUAUUGGAAUGCCUCACCGUGGAAGGCUUAAUCUCCUCGCAGGUCUGCUCCAGCUGCCACCUGAGGUCAUGUUCCGCAAGAUGCGCGGUUUGAGCGAGUUCCCAGAGAAUUCAGCAGCCAUUGGGGAUGUUCUCUCCCACCUGACAUCUUCUGUAGACCUCGACUUCGGUGCCCACAGGCCUGUGCACGUCACCUUGCUGCCCAACCCCUCCCAUUUGGAAGCCAUCAACCCCGUGGCCGUGGGCAAGACACGGGGCAGGCAGCAGACCCUGCUCGAUGGAGAUUACUCCCCAGACAGCUCUGCACAGCCUGGGGACAAAGUCAUCUGCCUGCAGGUUCACGGCGACGCUGCUUUCUCUGGGCAAGGGAUUGUUCCUGAAACACUGACCCUCUCUAAUCUACCACAUUUCAGAGUUGGUGGGAGCAUCCACUUGAUUGUUAAUAACCAGCUGGGCUACACCACCCCUCCAGAGCGAGGGAGGUCGUCCCUGUACUGCAGUGACAUUGGUAAGAUCGUUGGGUGUGCAGUUAUCCACGUGAACGGGGAUGAUCCUGAGGAAGUUGUCCGUGCCACCCGCCUGGCCGUCGAGUACCAGCGCCACUUCCGCAGGGACGUCAUCGUGGACCUGCUGUGCUACAGGCAGUGGGGCCACAACGAGCUGGAUGAGCCCUUCUUCACCAACCCCUGCAUGUACAAGAUCAUCAGAUCCCGUAAGAGCAUCCCAGACACGUACGCAGAGCACCUGACAGCGGCCGGGCUCGUGACCGAGGCUGAAGUGGCCGAGAUAAAGACCACCUACUAUUCCAAACUCAACGACCACCUUGCCAACACGGCGUCGUACAGCCCGCCCGCCACCAACCUGCAGGGCCACUGGAAGGGCCUGGUGGAGCCCUCUGCUACAAUCAGCACCUGGGACACGGGGAUGCCCGUGCCACUGCUGCAGUUCAUCGGAGCCAAGUCCGUGCAGGUGCCCGAGGAGCUGCGGGUGCACAGCCACCUCCUGAAGACCUACGCGCAGUCAAGAGUUCAAAAAAUGGAAGAAGGAAAAAAGCUGGACUGGGCAACAGCUGAAACUUUAGCGUUUGGUUCUCUGCUGAGCCAAGGGUUUAACAUCAGACUAAGUGGACAAGACGUUGGCAGAGGAACCUUCAGCCAACGACACGCCAUGUUGGUUUGCCAAGAGACAGAUGACACCUACAUCCCUCUGAACCACAUGUCCCCAGACCAGAAAGGAUUCCUAGAGGUGAGUAACAGUCCCUUGUCUGAAGAAGCUGUGCUUGGUUUUGAAUAUGGAAUGAGCAUUGAGAGCCCUAAGUUACUGCCAAUUUGGGAAGCUCAGUUUGGAGACUUCUUUAAUGGAGCCCAGAUAAUAUUUGACACUUUCAUCUCUGGAGGCGAGGCCAAGUGGCUCCUGCAGAGCGGGAUAGUGAUCCUUCUUCCCCAUGGCUACGACGGUGCAGGCCCUGAGCACUCGUCCUGCAGGAUGGAACGGUUCUUGCAGAUGUGUGACAGCUCAGAAGAGGGAGUUGAUGGGGACCAGGUCAACAUGUCAGUUGUCCAUCCCACCACCCCAGCACAGUAUUUCCAUUUACUCCGGAGGCAAAUGGUCCGAAACUUCAGGAAACCUCUCAUUGUUGCUUCUCCCAAAGUGUUACUCAGGCUCCCAGCUGCGGUGUCGAGUUUUGAAGAAAUGGCCCCAGGGACAACAUUCAAGCCUGUCAUUGGUGACUCCUCAGUAGAUCCUAAAAGUGUCACCCAAGUGGUGCUGUGCUCUGGAAAGCAUUACUAUGCUCUGGUGAAGCAAAGAGAGAUGCUGGGAGAGAAGCAGCACAGCACAGCUCUUCUGAGACUUGAGGAGCUCUGUCCUUUCCCCCUGGAGGCUCUACAGCAAGAGUUGAGCAAAUACAGCCAAGCAAAAGUCUUCACCUGGAGUCAGGAGGAACCACAGAACAUGGGGCCAUGGUCCUUUGUGUCACCACGGUUUGAGAAGCAGCUGGGGCUUAAGCUGCGCUGUGUGAGCAGACCUCCCCUGCCCGCCCCGGCUGUUGGCAUUGGAACCCUCCACACCCAGCAGCAGGAAGAUGUUCUGAGCAAGACAUUUCUCUAAGUUUUCAGACAGACAGACAGACAGACUGCUCCUGCUGUCAGUCGUGUUUGGUGCCUCCUGUGAAAAAGAACAAAGGCCAGAUCCUUAAGACUCUUGGUUCUCCAAAAUGGAAACCAAAAAGGGUGGAAUGAGAUUGGUAAUGAUGAAGGAAUUUUUUCAUGUCAGGGAAUACCUGAUGAUGAGAAGUGAUGCCUGUUACUCUUGAUGCUUCUUGUUCUCUUGUACUGUUUUCUACAAAAACACCUUUUUAAAGUUAAAAAUCCAGUCUAGGGGACAGAUUGGUGAGGUGACUAUAGAAUGCCUUAUAUCACGCUGCUUAUCUGCACUUUACAGUUCCUGGGAUGGUGCAUGUGUAGAAACAGGCUCUGUUUCUUCUGUUUCCACACAAGUGUUAGUGCUGUUUGGUCAAAUAAAUGCUUCCCAUGCCUGGGACUGAGCCA